AUGGCACCCUCACUUGAAAACUAUGCUCUCCGACAACGACGCUUCGCCCCCCUCAAUCCAGCCCUCGCGGAAUCUUCUGAAGCGCCUCGGUUGAAAGGGAUUGUGUUUGACGUUGAUGGGACACUAUGCCUACCACAGAAUCAUAUGUUUACCGAGAUGCGUAAAGCUCUGGGGAUCGACAAGAAAGUCGACAUUCUUCACCAUAUCCGAGAUCUUCCCACCGCUGCCGAGCGCACCGCGGCAGCCGAAAAGAUCAAAGCCGUCGAGCGAGAGGCGAUGCGGCAUCAGCAGCCUCAACCAGGUCUGGUGGACCUGAUGGACUACCUCCAGUCUCGGGGGUUGCAUAGGGCCCUUUGUACACGCAACUUCGAGGCGCCGGUGAUGCAUCUCUUGCAGAAUCACCUUCCUGCUCACGUUUUUCUGCCCAUUAUCACGCGGGAAACACCCGGUCUACUUCCCAAGCCUGAUCCGGCUGGGAUUUUACAUAUUGCCCGGCAAUGGGGCCUCGACAACCGCGCUGAGAAUUUGAUCAUGGUCGGUGACAGCAUUGAUGAUAUGACUGCCGGUCAUACGGCAGGCGCAGCGACUGUCUUGCUUGUCAACGAGCACAACUCUCAUCUCAAAGACCAUGCUCAUACGGACCUCUGCAUCGACCGUUUAGAUGAGCUGAUUGGCAUACUAGAAAACGGUUUCGUUGGUCACCAGGGCGGGGAUAAGACGCCCACAAGUGACAGGGAGGGAUAG